AGCGUCGAGCGUAUUUAAGUGAUAAAACGAAAAGAAAGACAGAAAGCCACUAUCCGGUACUUGUCGGGCCGUCGCCGGCAGACAGCGUCCACUCGGUGCCGCGUGCGUCGUCUGCUCCGCGGGUCGUCUGCUCCGCGCUUCGAGCGCUUCUUCUUGGCGCCUUGCUGUGUGUGUUAACACCUGGGAAAUUCGGUGCAAAUCGCAGUAACGAAACGAUGCGUUCAAUCACCUCCAGGAACCAACUCGCGCGUGAAAGCGGCCUACUGUCGCUCCUUUUUUGCCUCCUGCUAUCUGACACGGUGCAUCGGUGCGACGCUCAGCAGUCGCAGACCCAGCAGGUCACCACGAACUUCGGUAUCGUCACUGGAACUCUGAUGCAGGCCCCUGCGCCGGGCUUGGUUACUCAAGUGCCGGUGUACGCGUUUCAGGGGAUACGCUACGCAAAGCCUCCCGUCGGCUGGAGAAGGUUUGAGCGCCCCGAGCCAUUGGACCAGCGAUCCUCGUUCAGUGACAACCUACGAGCCAGCCCGCGUUGUCUUCAAUGGACGACAUUCCCGUCAGAGCGUAUUGUCGGCGAGGAGGACUGCCUCUUCCUGGACAUCUACGUCCCCGCCACGUAUUUCGCGGCACCUGCCACAAAGCUUCCGGUUGUAGUCUUUAUUCCGGGGGCCGACUUCAAAAGUGGCGGCAAAGAUGAAAUCAAACCAGGAUACGACUUUGGAUCGAGAAACAUCUUCGUGGUUGUCAACUACAGGCUCGGCGUUCUCGGUUUUCUGAGCACGGAAGACGAGAACGGCAAGGGCAACAUGGGACUCUGGGAUCAACAGAUGGCGCUUCGUUUCGUCAAGUCAAACAUCGCGGCCUUCGGAGGGAUCCCGGAGAAAAUCACUCUCAUGGGCUUCGGAGCUGGAGCGAUGUCCGUGUCGUUCCACAUACUCAAUGCUGCAUCUUCCGCACUUUUUUCUCGAGCCAUAAUGUCGGGCGGUUCGGCUACCAGUCCCGAGGCUACGAUAACCAAUGCCUGGCGGAACGCUCGCCAACUGGGACGAGUCGUCGGCUGUGGCCAGGAGGACGGGGCAUCGCUCAUGGCCUGCCUCCGCACCGUUGACGGCGUGAAACUCACAGAGAAGGCGCAUUACAAUAAGAUAAGAUUUUUACCUAUUGUGGACGCUAACAUUACUACGAAUGCGUUUCUGACAAAUUACCCGAGGCUGAUGUUUUGCCAAGGUCGAUUCACACCGAAGCCAACGAUAUACGGAUACACCAAGAACGCUGGAUCCCUUCGCUACUUUGAGAGGAUAUACCAGUUGGAGAACCCCAAAAGCGUCGACAGCAUAGUGCAGACUUAUCUGAACGAGUUCUUCGAGGACGAAGACUCGCGUGUUGGUGUCACGGCGGCCGUGAGAUUCCAGUAUUACAGGCCACGGAGCAGUCUUUCGAACGCCACAAGGAAUGCAGUCAACACGAUAAACAUGUUAACGGACUUUCUUGUGGGCGCUCCCGUUGAAAUGGCUCUGUCUGGCCACCUGCGGCUUCUACAAAGUACCUCGUAUACGACUCCCAACCCGGCUUUUUUCUACAUAUUCGGAAUACCUAAUGCCCCAAGGACUUUUGCAGACCUUCAGAAGGGCUCUAGGGAGCUUUACGGAGCUACGUACAUGGACGACAUGCUCUAUUCAGUCAACACUGAAGGUCUGGUGCAGACGACUGACCCAGUUCGGGACCCUCUCAUAGUUGGCUACAUGACCACUUUCUUCACGGCCUUCAUCAACGGACUGAAUCCCGGAGGCAUUCUGCAGCCCAUCAACCCAGCGCUGCGUCAGUACACCAACAUGUCUCUGACGUAUCCGGCCGGCGUGUCCGACAGCGUGCCGUACCGUCCUCAGGAGAUGGACUUCUGGAACUACUUCGUACCCGACCUGCACCUGGAGCUGAACCGCACCAGUUGGGCGUCGUACCACAACGCGCGAGAGGCGACCCACUUUAAGGCGGCCACAUGGGGAACCACGACGCUCGUCGUCUUGCUGGUCCUCAUCAUCGUGGGGCUGCUGGCAGCCUUCUUCGUCUACCGCAGACAGAAGCAACGGUCGCGAAAGCUCAGUUCUCGAGAAGGCGUCGAGUUCCGACCGGUCAAUCAGGAUGUCAAGUUGUAGGGCUGCGUUAACCACUCUUCUCCGGCAGGGCUACUUAAGAGCCCUAUGAAGCAUUCGGCGGGAGGGCUACGUGCGUAAGGUCUGCCUCGGUAGAUCAAUGGCUAGGUUGCUCUGCUGUUGACCCCAAGUUGGCGGCUUCGAUCCCGACAGCGGCAAUCGCAUUUCAAUUAAGGCAAAACGGUAGAGGCCCGUGUACUGUGUGAUGUCUGUGCACGUUAAAGAACGCCGGAUGGUCAAAAUUUCAGUGGCCCUUCACAACGUCAAUUGUCAUAGUCAUAACAUAGUUUUGGGACGUAUGACUUCACAUAUUAAUAUUAUUAUAUUAUCAUUAUAUUAUUACAUGUGAAAUGAAACCUUGCCGAGGAGAAACAGUGUGUUAACUUAUUCACCUAAUUGCCUCGACUGAGCAUGAUGUGUCAAUACUGGACUAUAAUAUGCUCUCACCGUCACACUAAUCUCUUCGCUACUUUCACCUACAUUGAAGUUGUUGGUAUUUCAUGAUUCAUUUUGUGCAGAAGUUUUCCUUUAACGGUAACAUCGUGACCUUGGCUGAUCAGUAGCCGACGCAUUUACCGGCUUAGGUUUUUUUUCUAUUUUCAUCUGUACAUUAUGCUCUAAUAUCCUACCGUUGAGAUGUAAUAAUCAGACAAACGUUCUACAUUUCUAGGGCUUUUUCCGCUUCCUACAGGUUCAUUUGCUUUUUGUCAUCUUCUAACAGUAUAUAUCAGGCUUGCAUACCACUUCGGUGCAUGGUGUGACCUACUUAAUGAGCUUAACUCACAUAAUCAAUCGACAGAGAGUUAAGCGGGUUGGUAUGCGUCUAUGGCCGCAAAUUAUUGACGACCGGACAAAAAAGUGAUACCUUAGUGCAAGAAAACCGCAGCUGGUCACCUGUACAGGACUGGCUCCGAUAUUCAUGUUGUCAGAUGAUGCACGCUGCCUAUUUGCGUUUUCAUAAGUUGCAAUGCGUCCGCACAGCGCAUGUUUCUCUGAUGGGCACUUUAGUUCCAUAAUCUGUGCCAUAGUGAAGGUCGUUCGAAUGACGAAUAAAAUCGAGAAGAUGACACAAAAGAAAAAAAAAAGA